GGGCUUCUCUGUGGGUGUGGCGGGAAGUAGAUGAAAGGACCCGGGGCGGGGCCGAACGCAGCUUCCCCAAGGUGCAGGCGCGGUGAAACCAUCGAGACGGAGGGCCAGAGAGUCACGGCGGAUCUUAUUGUCUACGAUGUGACGAUCCGUGGAGAAAGUAGCAGAUGGGCAGAUUUUCAGUUGGGGAGAAUGAGGGAGAAAAGAACGGGCAUUCCGAGCCAAGAGCACUGCAUGAGCAAGGAGUUGGGAGGUUGCUUACUUGUUGAACAUAUUUGUUGCGUAUUUGCAUAUUUGCUAAACAGGUAGUGUUAGGAGCUAAUCCAUGAAAGGUAGGUGGGCGCCGUAUUGUAGAGAGCCUUGAGUACCAGGCUGAGUUUAUACCCAAUUCAGGGGUCUGUUGGGAGCCAGCCAUUGAAGGUGCUGGAGCAGAGAGAGAUAUGGAAUUGGAGCUGAUCCCUAUGAUGAAAGAUCUGGACCCUUGUGUAGCUGUUCCGUGAAGCAGGAGGUUUUCGUAACACCCCAGGGCCUGUAAGGUUUGGUGCUUCCCUUUCAAGAUGCCACUUUCAGACUUUAUUCUGGCUCUGAAGGACAAUCCCUACUUUGGGGCUGGAUUUGGGCUGGUGGGUGUGGGCACAGCCCUGGCCCUGGCCCGGAAGGGUGUCCAACUGGGCCUGGUGGCAUUCCGGCGCCAUUACAUGAUCACACUGGAAGUCCCUGCUCGAGACAGGAGCUAUGCCUGGUUGCUUAGCUGGCUCACCCGCCACAGUACCCGUACUCAGCACCUCAGUGUCGAGACUUCGUACCUUCAGCAUGAGAGUGGCCGCAUUUCCACUAAGUUUGAAUUUGUCCCCAGCCCUGGAAACCAUUUUAUCUGGUAUCGGGGGAAAUGGAUUCGGGUAGAACGAAGUCGAGAGAUGCAGAUGAUAGACUUGCAGACGGGGACUCCUUGGGAAUCUGUCACCUUCACGGCCCUGGGCACUGACCGAAAGGUUUUCUUCAACAUCCUGGAGGAAGCUCGAGAGCUAGCCUUGCAGCAGGAGGAAGGGAAGACCGUGAUGUACACAGCUGUGGGCUCUGAAUGGCGUCCCUUUGGCUAUCCACGCCGCCGGCGACCACUGAAUUCUGUGGUUCUACAACAGGGUCUGGCUGACCGAAUUGUCAGAGACGUCCAGGAAUUCAUCGAUAACCCCAAGUGGUACACUGACAGAGGCAUUCCUUACAGACGUGGCUACCUGCUUUAUGGGCCCCCUGGUUGCGGAAAGAGCAGUUUUAUCACAGCCCUGGCCGGGGAACUGGAGCACAGCAUCUGCCUGCUGAGCCUCACGGACUCCAGCCUCUCUGAUGACCGACUCAACCACCUGCUGAGCGUGGCCCCGCAGCAGAGCCUGGUACUCCUGGAGGAUGUGGAUGCUGCUUUUCUCAGUCGAGACUUGGCUGUGGAGAACCCAGUAAAGUACCAAGGCCUAGGUCGCCUCACCUUCAGUGGACUGCUCAAUGCCUUGGAUGGUGUGGCUUCCACUGAAGCCCGCAUCGUGUUCAUGACCACCAACCACGUUGACAGGCUGGACCCCGCCCUGAUACGCCCGGGGCGAGUGGACCUGAAGGAGUACGUGGGCUACUGCUCACACUGGCAGCUGACCCAGAUGUUCCAGAGGUUCUAUCCAGGGCAGGCACCUUCCUUAGCUGAGAACUUUGCAGAACAUGUCCUUCGAGCUACAAACCAGAUCAGUCCUGCCCAGGUGCAGGGCUACUUCAUGCUGUAUAAAAAUGACCCUGUAGGGGCAAUUCACAAUGCUGAGUCUCUGAGGAGGUGAUCAGGCUGGGCUCAGCUCAGCUCUCCUCCUCUAGUUCAAUAAACAUCUGCCACACUA